AUGUUUUCCAAGAAUCUGGUUACAUUGCUUACGCUGGCACUUGGUGCAUUCGCACAAGAUGCAACUGCUCCUAAGGGCUCUGAUGUCGUUAAGCUAGAUACAUCAAGCUUUGCGGAAUACAUCGAAUCACAUCCAUUAGUACUAGCAGAAUUUUUCGCACCAUGGUGUGGUCAUUGUAAGAAUUUGGCACCUGAAUACGUGGAGGCUGCUAGUGCCCUAAAGAAGGAUAACAUUUCAUUAGCUCAGAUCGAUUGUACAGAGGACCAAGAGCUAUGUAUGGAUCAAGGUAUCAGAGGUUACCCAUCUUUGAAGGUUUUUAAGGGUGGUGAUCCAAGUAAGGCCCUAGAAUAUGAAGGUGGUAGAACCGCUGAAUCAAUUAUCAACUACAUGGUUAAACAAUCAUUACCAUCAGUCCAAGUUUUUGAUGAUGAAAAGGCAUUUGAAGAAUUGUUAAAGGAAUCAGUACAACCAGUUGUUGUUUUCAACGGCGACAAGAAUUUGAACCAAACUUUCCAUAAAGUGGCUGACAGCUUGUUCAACGAAUUUACAUUUGCUAGUUUCGAUGGUGCUAAAGAAUAUUUGGCAGUACAUCUACCAAAUGAAGAUGAGCCAAUCAGUUUCAAGGGCGACCGUAAGGGUAUAGAGAAGAGUGCGGAUGAUCUAGAAGCAUGGAUUAAGAUUGAAGGUUUGCCAUAUUUCGGUGAAGUUAACGGUCAAACUUUUGGUGCUUACGUGGAAUCCGGUUUGCCAUUAGCUUACUUCUUCUACAACGACGAUGAUGAAAGAAAGGAAUACAGCUCAUUUUUCACAAAAUUGGGUAAAGAAUACAGAGGUAAAUUGAGUUUUGCAGGUUUAGAUGCCCGUAAAUUCGGUAGACAUGCUGAAAACUUGAACAUGAAGGAACAAUUUCCACUAUUCGCAAUCCAUAACAUGAGCAGCAACUUGAAGUACGGUGUGGCUCAGUUGCCAGAUGAGAAAUACGAAAAAUUGGAUAAACCACUUAAGUUGAGCACAAAGGAAGUCAGUAAAUUGGUUAACGACGUCGUUUCCGGUAAAGCUGAACCAAUCGUGAAAUCUGAGGAAAUCCCAGAAAAGCAAGAAAGUAACGUUAUCAAGAUUGUCGGAAAGACUCAUGACCAACUGAUUGAAGACAACAAAAAGGACGUUCUAGUCAAGUACUACGCACCAUGGUGUGGUCACUGUAAGAGAUUAGCACCAAUUUAUGAACAAUUAGCAGACAUCCUAGCAUCUGAUGAUAAGACUAGUAAGAGUUUUGUCAUCGGUGAUAUUGAUGCUACUGAAAAUGACGUCCCUGGUGUGGAUCUUGAAGGUUACCCAACUAUCAUCCUUUACCCAGCAGGUAAGAACUCCAAACCAGUGGUCUUUGAACAAGAAAGAUCAGUGGAAUCCUUUUUGGCCUUCUUAAAGAAGAACGGUGGUACUAAAUUAGACUUAGAAAAGGUUUACGAAAAGUACCAAGCUGAACAGAAAAAGGCUGAUGAAGACGAAAGUGAUGAAACUGGACACGACGAAUUGUAG